AUGGUCUUUAUUUGUUUAAGUGUUGGUAAAUAUCAAAAAGGAGAAGCAAUAUCAACACAAUAUCAAGUUAAAACAAAUGAUGUAAUAUAUAAAUGGGAACCAUUACCAUAUAGUGCAAGACCAAAAUUUGGUGAACGAACUCAGUUUUCAUUAAAUGAUUUAGGAGUAACUUUCUUUUAUAAUGAUAUGUUCAAAAUUCGUUUUUCAUUUCAAAAUGGAAGAAUAAUAACACCAUAUAUUCCAAUUCAUCAAAAUGGAAUUCCUAUAUUCACAAAUGCAACUAUUAAUUUUGAUGUGAUUAAUGGAAAUAUUACAAAAGCAACAGUAAUUCCUUUUUUAAGAACACAAGAAAAGUUUAAACCAGAGACAUUUGGAUUUGUUAAUUUUUUGUUUGUCUUUAAUGAAAAGACACAUGAAUAUACUUAUUUAUCUCAAAAUCUCAUUCUUUCAGGAUCUGUUAUCUUUUGUGGAAUCUUAGCAUUUCUCUUGUUCUUGAAACAAAGUCAUUCUAAAAAGUAA